GUUUGUGUCAACAUGAUUUUCACAGCGCUCAUCGCACAAUGCUUCUUGGUUUCACUAUGUCACCUAAAAUACGGCGUAUUUUUGGUAUUUGCUGGAUUUAUAUUCGUCAUGAGUUGCUUCAUAUACUUGCUCUUGCCGGAGACAAAGCAAGUUCCGAUUGAGGAGAUUUAUUUGCUAUGGGAAAAACAUUGGUUUUGGAGAAGAUAUUGCUCACCAGAGAUGAAUGGAAUUGAAUUGAAGAAUGGAGAGAAAGUCUAAGAGUGCUUUCAUAGAUUCUUAGAAAUGAAAAUUAAGUAGCAUUUUGAUUUUGUUUGUUGCAUCUUUUUCUACAUGGAAAAAGAGAACAUUAGAAGUAGAGUACAUGUAUGUAUGCACUGUGGAUGUCUUUUUAACCAAGUUUUUUUCCUAGUAUUUAUCGAGCGUAUACUCUUGAUGUU